AUGGCUACUGCCCAAACUCGACUUGCAGGUUGGAGUCAUAGUGGGCGAAAUGGGACCGGAAAUGGACGAUACAAAGCUGUCACUACUAUUAUCACUCCUCCUGCUGCUGCUGCUGCUAGUAGCAGUACUGCCGCAAGUCGCAAGUGGUACACAAGAUGCCUACCGGCUUGUGUCACGGGCAAUCACAAGAGCGAUAUCAACACCGAUUCCGACGACGACGACAAUGGAAUUGGAGCCUGGACUCAACAGGUGCCUGUUAGUGUUACUCAGAUUGAUGAUUUUCUUUCUGCUGGCAGCAGCAGCAGCAGCAGUGGUCGACAGAGUAUGGUUGGCGUAGGACAAUAUCGGCCUUUGUCGGAAUCAAGCCCGAACUCGAAGUUGCAGCAGCCAAAGGUUUCGUCUACGAUUACUGGUCCGAUUCCGGAAUGUUUGGAAGAGUUGCCGUUUGAAGCCAGACCGAGCACCAGUCUGUCGAAGUGGUUUGGAGAGGGAGAGAAGGAAAAUGCGCAAAUGGAAACGAAAAAGAAGAACAACGGUGUUGCAGUGUCUGCUGCGAGUGAGAUUUCAUUGUGUUCGACUCUGUCUGGGAGCGUGGUGGUGAAUGAGUGGGAGAAACCAUUUGUGGUACAACAACAACAACAACAGUCUUCUCGUAUCGAGACACCAGAUGACUUUGAUCGGUUCCGCGUCACCGAGUUGGACUCACGACCAGUCGAGUUUUCGGCCGCAGCAGCAGCAGCAAAUGCGCCCGAACGCGAAGCCGUUGUGAUCGAUUCGACCCCAAUACCUGUGGAGAAUCAUCGGUUUGUGGCGUAUCCUGGCAGAGAAACCAAGGGUCAAUAUCAACAACUUGAACAAAAAGCGCAGAUUGUCGUCGGGUCAAACGGGUCGAAAAGUCAAGCGCUAGAGCCGCCUCCUAGGUAUUCGUGGCCCUUGGUCGAUUUUGACCAGGAGUUGUUUCUCAAUUCGAAUCCUGCGCCGGUGGUGGGGAGGAAACACCAGGAGCCAAGGAUCCCGUUGCUCGAGUUUGAAGAAGAUGAGGGCCAUAGAGGUUUGGGGCUUGAGGGACAUAUGUUGGAGAAGACACAGACACGACCCCGACAACGUGGACGACGUGAUGCUGUUGUUGGUCAUGUUGUGGCUGGCGCUUUUGGCAACGGCUCACCUGUUUCGCCUUUGAGUGGGGAUGAUGGUGUUUACGAGAUGGAAGCAUCGGCAUCAGCAUCGUCGUCGAAGUCUACUGUUGGCGGUUGUCGUUGGAGUCAUGCUACCACUACUUCCGAUCCAAUACGACCAUUGCUGUCGCAAGCGCCGAUGCAGAAUGCAGGGCAGAGCAUGAGUCCGGUGUCGCCAAUGGAUGAUGACAACGCUAGAGCAGCCGGAGUGCCAAUGGUCAAGUACCAUGAAUACAAUUGGCCUAGGUUCAGCGAUUUCCAUGAAUAUCAGGACCCGGCGGACGAAUAUAGUCGACGAUAUCGGGAUCGGAGACGAGAGUUGAGGAAGAGGGAGAAUGGGAAUGGUAAGGAGAGGGUGCCAGUGCCGAAGAACUCUAGGAUUCCGCGGUUGCAAGUUGGAGUGCAUCGUUGA